GGAAGUGCCGGAGACUAAGUCUGCACCAGACCGAAGGGAGCAUCCUGCACUGCGUCUUUGCCUCCACCUCCUCGUUCUCUCAACACAGUUCGCUCUAGUCAACCGAGACCUUAUCUGUUGCUGGCCGAACGGAUUCUUACCAGCCUUCAGUGCUUGCGAACCUUGAGAAACAGGUCAUUUGGAUCAACAUGGAAGAAUCAACUCAAUUGAACGAAUUACGAGACCUGCUGAGAAGAGCGGAGAGGACGCCGGUGAAAACCGCUGCUGUAAGGAAGGAUGCGUUCAAAAAGCUGAUUGACCUGGCGCAUUCACCAUAUUCGUCUUGCAAGUUGACGGUCGCCGAAAAAAUAACACUUUUCAUCAAGGACUUUCCAGACCUUGAAGAUGAUGCAAUUAAUGCCGUGUAUGACCUAUGCGAAGACCAGGAUCCCACCGUUCGAAUAAGAGGAUACCGUACCAUUAGUGCGGUUUCCAAAGUUCAACAGAAGUGGAUCAAACGCAAUGCAGAUGUCUUGGUUCAACUACUGCAAAGUGAUGAUGCCAACGAAGUUGAUGUGGUGAAACGAGCACUAACCGAACAUCUGGAUUUGGAUCCUGCAACAACACUGGGAGUACUAUGUGACCAGAUCAUCCCGGUUGGUGACCCACUCGACGAGGAAGAACAAGCUAUUCGCGAUCGACUUCGUUCUUUAGUGCUUGCUUAUCUUUCGGAUGACGCAAAGCGAGGUAUCAUCGAAAGACAUGCCAGUAAUCGACAAAGUCCCGCUGAAGAUGUCCUUGUCUCGGGCUUGCUGAAAGCGAUCCCCAAACUUUCUUCAACGGAUAUCGACAUUAUCGUGAGAGAUAUCUUGCUGUCACUCCCAACAUUCAGUCGGCAUUCUUCACGCGGUCAAGAACUACUGGACAUUAUCGUUCGCCGAGCUCAAGUGAUGUUAAAAGAUGAUUUUGUUGCCGGCUCCCUUGCGCAUACAUGGUACUAUCUUGAGCUUGCUACUUUUCUCUCACUUGAGAAACAAGUUGCACACCCGGCAUACUUUCUUCGCUUCCUGCAACUUUAUGUCACCCCUCACAUCUCUGGGAACAGGAUGACUCCAGAGGAUAAAAUAUUUAUCUUCAAACUCUACGCGAAUCUGGUCACAGUGGCGUUUGAGAAGAAUGCAGAGCCCGGUGCUGAUCUACCUUCCAAUGCUGAGAUAGAUGUACUCCGUACGAAUGCCGUCGAAGGAUGCCCUGCAUUGCUGCCGGUUUUCAUUGGUUGGAAGCAAAAGCAGUGGGGAUUAUGCAAGGUUCUUCUAAAGAACUGUUUAUGGUGCAAGAAUGACAAAUCUUGGACGGCGCCACCUAACAUGGUCAAGUUGUUGAAGGAAGUCGAGCAAGAAGCCGCAAAUGCGCUGAAACAAGGAGAAACGGACAGAGUGUCCAUGGAAGAAAUUCAGAAACUCAUUAGGUCUAUUCUUCCGCCCGUCGAGACGUACAGGCCAGCACAACCUCGUCUGGCAGCAUCAACAUCAACGACAACGAUUGAUACUAAAAUCUCGAAAGGUACGGGCAAUGUAGGCAAGACUAAUGGAUCGCCGGUAAUCAUCAAGCGCAAUCGCGACAUACCAGCAUCGCUACCUCCUCGACCGCCACCCAGCAUACAGUCAACACAGCUCAACAUAUCUCCUCGACGUGGAGACCGACAAGCGAAGCAAGAUCAAGGUACCCCAACACGCACACGGAGUCAACCUGCUUUAAGUGCAAGUUUGGGAAGACCGGGUACACCAUCACAACGAUCGGCAUCUCCGCUUAGAAGAGGCAAGCAAAAUGGCGAAGGUGGAAGUAGACUUUCUCUCCUUAGCAGGAUAGAUUCAUCGGGCGCAGGCCCAGGUAGACCACCGCCUCCUGCGAUACCCGCCAAGAGACGUGCAGAAACGGAAGGGUCUUUGACGUUCAAGAGACCGACUCCGCCUCGGGGUCAGCGUGAUAUACCGUCAUCAGGCGAGUGGAGUAUUAAGGGAGCCGCGUCGAAACAGUCCGAUCGCUCUCCCCGCGGUAGGAAUGGAUCUUUCUCAUCAUCGAAAUCAUCUUCGUUGUUGGAGAGAUUGAACGGCGAUGGGGAUUAUGCAGAGGCCGGUGAGCGGAGAGGGAAGAAAAGGACCAAAAAUCUUUAGUGUGUUACGCAUCAAGUUUUCUGUCGUUUUCUAUGCGCUCGCUGUCAUACCCCUCAGUCAUAUGCUUUGAAAUAUGCAUAUGUUUAUUCGGAAGACGCUUUGGCCCCAGGAUCCAACAUGGUCUAGACAAAGUUUAAAAAUGACUACAUGUCGACUCGAAUCAGAACAGAAUAGAUAUUGUGUUGUCAUCGACCAUGUAUCGAGUAUUAAACGUCAUCGUCUAAGGCUUCCCUGUCCAAACUUUAGAGAGAAAUUCCUCCACAUUGGUGAAAC